GGAUCACACUACAGAGAUGUCAAUGUCACAACUGAGACUCACAAAGCCAGCACCUGAAUGGAGCGGCACUGCUGUUGUGGAUCUGGACUUCAAAGAUAUAAAACUAUCAGACUACAAGGGGAAAUAUCUUGUGUUUUUCUUCUACCCACUUGAUUUUACAUUUGUCUGCCCAACUGAGAUUAUAGCUUUCAGUGACAGAGUAGAAGAAUUCAGGUCCAUCAAUUGUGAGGUUGUGGCCUGCUCUACUGAUAGCCAUUUCUCUCAUUUAGCAUGGUGCAACACUCCUAGAAAGCAAGGGGGUUUGGGCAACAUGAAGAUCCCUUUGUUGGCUGAUAAGACUGGAGAGAUUUCUAAAAAAUAUGCUGUCUAUAAGGAAGAUGAGGGAAUUGCCUUUAGAGGUUUGUUUAUUAUUGAUGGCAAGGGUGACUUACGCCAGAUCACAAUCAAUGACCUCCCUGUUGGCAGAUCAGUGGAUGAGACUCUCAGGCUGGUGCAGGCUUUCCAGUUUACUGACAAACAUGGCGAAGUGUGUCCUGCAGGCUGGAAACCAGGUAAAGAAACAAUGAAAGCAGACCCCAAAGGCAGCAAAUCAUACUUCUCAAAAGUGAACACAUAACGCGGACACUCCCUUUGCUAUCUCAUGCAGUUGCCAAAUGUGAUUUUAUGGACUCAUUUUUAGUUGAUGAUUAUGAUUAUGAUGUAUUGUUCUUUUGAAAUUACAAAUCAUUAUUAAUCUUUGAGAUAGUGAUAUAGAGUGUUCUGCAUAUGAUAUAGCUUGGAUAUUAUUACACGUAUGAUCAAUC